UCGUGUGGCUUCUGAAACCCCAAAAAAUAAGCGAAAAAUUCCAAGGCACAAGGUAUAUGCACCACCAAAAAUGAUAUUUGCAGAAGUUCUCGGAUGGUGGUUCAGUUUGUUUAUGUUUCCAUAUUCUCUUAAAUUACAAUCUACCG